AUGGCACGACUCAACGAGCCAAUGGUGUCAACAGACAGCGUAGAAACGCUACGCAGAAAGUUCCUGCGACAAAACAGAGAUAUCGCCCGAGUAAAUUCAACUCAGUCCCUUAAAAUACGUACUUUAGAGAAUGAAUGUGUUCGCCUAUUAUCCGAAAACCUUGAUCUUCGAGGACAAAUAUUGCGACUCCAAACAGAGUUAGAAGAUAGUAGAGCGCAACAGAUUGCCAAUCAUGCCCUUGAGAUCAAGGAGAAGAUGGAAGCCCAACUAGCAGAAUGGGGAACUAUGCUUGCGAGUUUAGGGCACGAGCCCACCCCGAGAAGUCGAUCACCAAGAGGACCGAAGAGAGUAAAACGCAGGUCAAGUAUUGGACGUGUCAGUAUGUCCGAAUGGAGGAGGCGGGAUACUGUAAGCUCGAUGAAAGACUUAGAGGCUGCCGCCCUUCAAGAAGGCAGGUUGGCGCCGAUUUGGGAAAAUAAAACGUGCCCCCGUGAAACACUAAACCGAGAGGAAAUCCUCGCCUUACGCGCCGUCGUUGAUGACAAUGACGAUUCCCCAGAUCUUGGACCGCCGCCAGUAUCACGCUUUGUCGACGAAGAUCCUGUGAAGAUUGAUUUACCCCCAAGACAUAGCCCUUCCAAGUCAGAUUAUGCGUCUCUAGAGAAGGCAUCAUCUGAUCCUCAGCCUAAACAACAAUCAACACCCUCCCCCAAGAAAGAUGAAAGAGCAAACGAACCGGUCAGCAAUAUUCCUGAAGUUGAUAAUGAGCCGACGGAGCCGAGAGCGGUCGACACGAAAGAAUCUCAGCCUACUACUCAAGUUGCUAAGGCCAACUUGAAGCGGAAGCUGAGAGAAGAGGAUGAGAAGGAAAAUCCCGUGAUAUCCAAGCCGCCGACUCGAGCUAUUGAGGUUGCAAAGGAUCGACCAGAGAAAGCGGCAAACGUCAAACCCCAGUCCACCAGCAGGCCGAUCAAGCUUCCAUCAAACCGAAGAGAGGUUCGAGAUAAAUCAUCUAGCUCUGUAACUCAGAGAAGGCCACUGGGUGCCAAAAGCACGAACGAACAUAUCAAGUCGCCAAAAAAGACUGCGAAGCCUCCGACUUUAGAAGAGGUCACGAAGGAAGAUAUUAAGGGAAGGAAGAUUAUUCCAGUCGAGAUACCGGUCCCCGAGCCUCAGCCGAUAUUUAUCGCGCACGUGGAAAUCGAGACCGAGACGCUUUCUUCGGAGCCCAACUUGGCCGUGCCUGAUACUCCGGAGGCAACCCCGAGGGAGGAAGUAAGGGACACGCCCCCUCCUACUGAUAUUUCCUCAAGAGGGGAAACAUCGCGAGGCAGCCGUAGAGCUAGGACAGCAGUUAGUUAUGCUGAGCCAAAUCUUCGGGAUAAGAUGAGGCGGCCUACGAAGCAGCUACUUGAUGCUGUGUCAGGCGAAGGCAAGCAUAUACGACGAACUAGCCAGUCGAAGAAGGAAGAGUUUCCCUCGUCGAACCCUUCGUCAGUAGUUAAAUCAGAAGAGAAGCUAGGAUCGUGGAAGGAUCUGCCUGCUGAUCGCAACAUGUCAAGAACGAACUUGGAUGUUAUGGCUAGUCCCCUAGCACGGAAAGGUUCGAAAGCGUCUUCGGACGACUUGACUAUGAGUGUAGCAAUGGAUAAGAAGAAGCGGGCCGAUGCUGAAUCUUCAUCUUAUUCUAGCGGUGAAAGCAAUACAACUAAGUCGGGCUCCCGAGCAGCUAGUCGCCGCGUAGACGAGAUUGCAGCUCGGGAGGCUGAAGUAGCAAAAAUAUUUGAGGACGAGGCCGACGUUUACGAUUUCCCUAGCUCGUCACCGAAAGACGGUUCAAAGCGUACGACAACAACGGAGGAGACUUCCAAGAGGAGGAAUACCAAAGGAUCUCGACAAUCGAGGUCAAGGCGAUUAUCAUCAGUAGCCCGUGAAGACUUGGAAAUAGAUGCAGAGAGCCAGAAUCACGAGAAGGCACCGAGACACGCGGGAUCCAGACGAGCAACCAUGGCAGCUUCGAAAGAGACGAAGAUGGAUAUAGAAAAUGUAGGACAUGAUAGCUCCGUGGAAGGAGACAGCCUGAACAGCUCUUCUUCCGGAGAUGUGGACGCCUCCGUACGGGACAGGGCCUCAAUGAGGCGGAGGAGUAUGAUGUUAUGA